AUGGAGAGCUUGAUCGCGAGCCCCGCCGAGGGCGCUCCUCGGCGUCCGCGCGGGCGCCCGCCGUCGCGCUCCUGGGCCUUCUUCACGACGCUCGUGGAGCCGCAGAAGCAGCCGUCGGCCACGUGCCGCCACUGCCAGCAGCAGGUGAGCUACCACAAGAAAUGGGCCCAGGCGCGCACCCACCUGAUGAAGUGCGUCCAGUUCCUGCGCUUCAUCGACGCGCUGCCGCCCAGCGACGUGCCCGAGUGGUACCUGGCCGAGAUCAAUCGCCGCCAGCAGAGCCUCGCGCUGAGCCGCACGGUCCCAUUUCCAGCCAUGCAGGCCCAAAUCCCGACUCCGACGGCGAGUUUCAAGGUCAUCCAGCCCGCGAUGGUGCCCAUUACCAUGGUGCCCAAUGUUCAAAAUGGGUCUGCGAAGGCGGUGGCAACGGGGCAACAUGAUACCAAGACUUUGGAGGAAAAUGUAGCCAUGCACUUGUUCACGACGAUGAACGUGGACCAGUUGGUGGACGGAGAGAGGGUUCAAGUUCCCUAUUUGAUGCAAGCUUUCCAGACUUUCAGUGGAGACUUUGGGCUCCCGACCAAGGAGAAGUUGAUGACGGAGCUGCUGGACAGGUGCUUCGAGCGUGUGAAAGGACAGAUGGACGGCUUCUUCAAGAGUGGAGUGGUGCCUGUGAGUCUCUCGAUGGAUACGACGCCGUCUGCGACUGCUGAGAAUGGGGUUUCUAUAAACUACAUGGUCAACUUGGCGAGUUCGGGCAAUUUUCCGAUGUUUGUGGAGUCCGUGAAGUGUCCGAGUAGUGGAGACGCAGGUGCCGAUGCGGAGUGGGCAGCUCGUGACGUGGCCCGAGUGGUGAAGAAGAUGGCUAGUCCGGUGGCUGGUUGUGUGAUUCCGUGCACGUUACCGCAGAGUAGGCAGGCGCGCGAAGCUCUGGAGAGACAGUUCCCAGCGAUGUACUUCCACGGGUGCUUGCGAGACGGGCUGCUGGCACUUGUGCGCCACAUUUUUGUGCCAGCCAGUGGAGUCUCAGAUACCGACAGGAAGCGCAAUACGACGCUGCCAUUCUCGCAGGAUUUACAACAGUUCGCGUUGCAAUGCGCGGAUUUGGCGUUUUUCCUGCCGGGCCGCCAGGAAAAGUUUUCCUACCUCCGUGAAGUCAGCGCCAGCGCUGCCAAUUUGAUGCACGUGACUGUGAGGCGACGAUUGAAAGUGGAAGACGCGUUUUCCGCCAUCCUCCAAGCUGAACCGUUUCUUGACGCUGAAAUCAUAUUAAACCAGCUAUUUGCCCCAUCGACGGAAGACACCAGUUCUAACAGGUUUCACGCCCACCAUCCGGCCAGUAUCGCGCAUUUGCAGACUCAGUUCACCCGGAUUGUGCGCAGCCCGCAGUUCGUUGAGAAGCUACGAAAGUACUUGGAAGUUCUUCGUCCCGUUCACGAGCUACUAUCAUUAUUGAGUGAUGAUACCAGUUCGACGACGCUGCCACUAUCGGAAGUGUACUCGACGUUUUCCCAGCUCGCUCAGCAGUAUGCGGCAAGUACGUUGCUACAGCCAGACGAGAAAGCAGGCUUACAUGCUUUAGUCCGACAGCUACAAGAGAACGCAUUGGGCCCUGCACACCUACUGGCGUAUCUAUUGGAUCCCGUUCUCCUUGGCGAGAACUUACCUGUGGACACAAAGGCAGACGCCGAACAGAAGUUGAUGUCUUCCUGCCGUGCUGAUGGCUCUCCAUUAUCUGAUACGGACAAAGAAGCGCUAUACAUGCAGUACAUGGAGUUUAAGAAGGCAGCUUUCAACCAGAAGACCCACAAGGCUGAGACGCUGGUUUUCCGGACACUGAAGGAGCGCAAGAAAUCGUCGCUGGAGUUCUGGUUUACGGAGGGCGCGAAGUGGCCCGUACUGCAGGCGAUCGCCUGCCGGAUCUUCGUGAUGCCAGUGUGUGCAUUUAGCUCGACGCGAGUGAUCGCCGAGUCGAGUGUGGAGCCGCUGCUACUCCUUGAGAAGACGGACCCUCUCACGAGCGCCAAACUGACGUAUGUACGAGCAAAUGCCCGGCAACUCCAGUUGGCUGAGGCAAGUGGCAGUGUACUCGCUCCUGCCGUGCAGAACACUCAACUUGAAGAUAACACCAAAGACAUCACGGCCAGUAUGGUGGUAUAA